UGCGUAAACGUGAAUGCGAUUGUUGUUCGAGUGUGCGUAAUCAUCGUUUCGUUUCAUUGUGCUGCUGUAAGUCGUGUAUGUAUAUUUUUAAAUAAGAGGACAGAGUGAAAAAAAAUAAAUAUAUUCUUUAAACACUCAUACGCGCACAUCUGACUACUGAUAUUAGCAACCAUUUUUAUUGGCAGGCAAUCCGCGGUUUCGGUGUUUCUGUUUUUUUCGAUUUCUUUUCCCCUCGUUAUUUUCAUUCGGUGUUUAUUUUUCUUUUAAUUUUUCCUCUUCACGCUGUUUUCAGCGUGUCGUAUCGCCGCCGAACAAAACGAUCGUUCGACGUGAAAAUACCCAGUCCCAGCAGCAGCAACAGCAACAUGUCGAACAUCGUCGACGGUCGCCGCCAUUCAUAGCGAUCCGUAUGCCCAGUUAUCGUCGUUUGGCCUUACUACGAUGCGCGAGUUCAAAGUGGUCGUGUUGGGUUCGGGUGGCGUGGGCAAGAGUGCCCUGACCGUUCAAUUUGUGUCCGGCCGGUUCAUGGAGAAGUAUGACCCAACCAUUGAGGACUUUUACAGGAAGGAGAUUGAAGUUGACAGUUCUCCAUGUGUGUUGGAAAUACUUGACACGGCCGGUACUGAACAAUUUGCUAGCAUGCGUGAUUUGUACAUAAAAAAUGGACAGGGUUUCGUCGUCGUGUAUAGCCUGACCAACCACCAGACGUUCCAGGAUAUCAAACCCAUGAAGGAGCUCAUUACUAGGGUUAAAGGGUCUGAGCGAGUACCUAUAUUAUUGGUGGCCAACAAAAUUGAUCUUGAACACCAGCGUGAGGUACCCACGAUUGAGGGUAACACACUGGCUCAGAUCUGGGGCUGUCCAUUUGUUGAAGCUAGUGCUAAGAAUCGUACCAAUGUUAAUGAAGUGUUUGCAGAAAUUGUGCGUGAAAUGAAUGUCAGCAAUGACAAAGAGAAAAAAAGUUAUUGUUGCUGUACAGUUCUUUAAGCCAUAUAUACUAGAAUUUUGUUUUUGUGUGCAUCAAUGUCAAAUAAGGCUGGUGAUUUCAAUUUAUCAGAAAUUCGGCCAAAUUCAUAUUCAAUAGUUAUGGUUCCAGGAACUGUUCUCACUAAAAUUUACAUAUCCAGCUUUAAAAAGGGUUUUAUUGAUACAAAAUGUAUAAGACAGGAAUGAAAUAACUAUAUAGCAUGUAUUUCUAUGUAAUAUAAAAGGAAAUAGAUGGUGUAAUAAUAAUAAUGGCCUAAUUAA